CUCACAGAAAUCCUUUGAACAUUAGCAACUGACAUUUCUGACAAAAACUGUGUGAUUUACACUAACUUUAAAGUGCCACUUACAUUUUAUGCUUCAGUUUAGAUAGACUUGUGCUCAAAUUUCUCAAGAAUUUAACACGAUUUAUGCCUCUUUUUUUUUUACUGAAAACGUACUGGAACCUCUGGAUCUUGGACAAAAGUCAGGGUCAAAGUUUACCAAUGUAGACAAGAAGACUGUGAGCUAACAGUGAACAUGCUGUAUUACCAUAAUACUAUUACUAAUAUCCAUAUAUUUAUAAAGAAUGCCAAAGCCAGCAGGUAUAUCACACCUGCACUGUCUCCUCACAGUGUGAAGUUCCCUAUCAUAGUAAGCAUAUGAACCAUCUCAAAUGCAGCAUGUUUGCUGUACCAGUCAAAAGUCUGUACAAACCUACUUUUAAUGCAUUUGUCUCUAUUUUAGCUGUUAUUCACCUUAUAGUAAAAUGCCUCAAGGCAAUGAAUUAAUGCAUAUCAAAUAUUACAACGGCCAAGAGAAAUGUUCAACAUCUCAAAAUUUUCUCAAAUUUUAGACUCUUCAAAACAGCCCUGUUGCUGUGAUGACAGCAUUGCAGACUCUUGGCAUUCUUUCAACCAGCUUCCAGAUGUUGCCACCUGGAAUGCUUCUCCAGCAUAUGGUUUAGGUCGGGGGGUUGUGGGGGCCAGGUUAUCUGUCGCAGUACCCCAUCUCUUUCCUUGUUCACAAGAUAAUACAGUACUUACAUAACCUCGAGGUCUGCUUAGGGUCGCUGUUUUGUUGAAAAACGUGCUUUUCUGUAGGUCUGUCCAGACUUUCGACUGGUACUGUACGGGGAACACCUUUGUCUUAUUAUUGGUGUCGGAUACUUCAUAAAGGUGUUACAUAUAGGUUAAACAGUACAUCAAGAUAACACAGACAAAUAGUUAAAUAUCAGUUUCAUUUUCAUUUCACAAGAAACAUGUAAAAAUGCCAUCUACUCUACAAUCCCCGCCACAUCGCGAUUUCCGUCAAAAUCAGUUCCUUGUGUAAUAUAUAUCAUAAAAUUACAGGACAUUAUUUUACGAACAAUAUUAUCGUUUAAUACUGUCUGAAUUAUACGUAUUCAAUUUGAACAUCCAACUGUAUUAAAUAUGUGUCAGUUUUAGUCUUUUUAAAUGUUGUUAAGAUUAUUUAUUUUUACCGGGCUGUAAAACUCGAAGCGCCAAGGUUUCCGGGGGGACUUUUUAUGCGGAGCACAUACAACUAACCAGGAAGUCAAACAGUACUUCACUUUAUGAUCGGUGGGUUUCAGCAGAUCUGGAAAACAAUAAACAAUUAGGCAAUAAUAAUGCUAAACACGACUGUUGUAUAGUACCACACUUGUUCUGCAAUCAAUCAAGCCAGAGAUUGAACAAUAUGUAUAUUCAUAUGUAUAUAACAAGCUAUGGAGUGUAGUGCCUGAAUGUUUUUAGGAGUACUUUGACUACCAUAUUUAAUUCUCCGAUUUCUGUAUGCGGUAUCCAGCAGUAUAAAUACUGGUAACUAUGACACAAAACAAUGUCCCCGGCAUGGAGGCGUCCGCUGUUUCCAUCCUAAAGAGAGCCGUGGAGCUGGACAAUAUCGCCCGCUUCCAGGAGUCUAUAGUUUGCUACCAAGAAGGAAUACAGUUGCUGCUGGACGUGAUGAAAGCGCUCAAGGAUGAGUCGAAGAAGGCGCAUUACAGGGAGAAGAUCAGAGGGUAUAUGGAGCGAGCAGAACAGAUAAAAGCGCAUCUGGUCCGAGAGAAAGAAGAGGGUAAAUAUCACGAACAAAUAAAAAUCACAGGGGAUGGCACAGGCUUCAGCUAUGAGACACUCUUCAAGCCAUACAUCAGUGAAACUCUGACAGAGGUGUGGGUGGAAGAUCCAUACAUCAGAUACACCCACCAGCUGUACAACUUCCUGCGGUUCUGCGAGAUGCUGCAAAAGGCCUCAUGCCAAGUGAAGAACAUCCACCUCCUGACCACCCAGGACGAUGGUGAGAAUUCCUCUCAGCAGCUGAGUGCUCUUGCCGAGAUCAGGCAGUCCCUGCAGACUUUUGGAGUGACCCUAGACAUUGAGUAUUCCUCCACCAUUCACGACCGGGAAAUCCGAUUCAAUAAUGGGUGGAUUAUCAAGAUUGGAAGAGGACUUGAUUACUUUAAGAAACCAAAGGGCCGAUUCACUAUUGGAUAUUGUGACUUUGACCUGAGACAAUGUCAGGAGACCACGGUGGAUGUCUUCCAUACGAAACACACAAGAUCAUCUUAGCCCCAGGCUGCUAUGGCCGUAAAAGCUCUCCGAACUGGACUGUACUUAUGGAGGGAGUGAAAGGAAAAUAUUUGCUUUUCCUGUACAACUGAUCUGCCGUUCAUGUUGUAGGAUUAUGCUACUCGAGGGAUGGACACUACAAUAUCAAGAAGAAGUGCCUGCAAUAUUAACCAAAUGCCAUGUGUUCAGUGGUGAACACAGGUGGUGUAUUUGACCUUAAACUGUCUUAAAUUGGUUGUAAUAUGAAGUAAAUGUCCUAUAUUCAGUCUGUAAACAGCUUUAAAUAUUACUAGUGGGGCACCCAUAAUGUAUUUCAGACAAUGGUUUUAUACGUUGGUGACUUAAUGUAUGAAAAGAAGGGUUGGAUAGUACAAUAGAAAAUAAAGGUUAGUAUGUA